GUUGUUCUGGGGUUCUUGAUGUAUUUCUAAAGUUUUCAGUGUGGUUCUGUAACAUUCACUGUGAUUCUAAAGUUCUCAUAGUUCUUCUUUAGUUCUAGUAAACAAUCAUGUAGUGAGUGUUUGUUCCAGUGUAUUCUGAGAUUGUGUGUGAUUGGCUGUUGUUCUUCUGAUGUCAUUUUGUUGCUCAACUAUGGAAAACAUGACAGGACAAGAUUGUGAAAUUCACUUACAGUUUGGAUUGUAUACAUAGCAGCAGAAACCCCAGAAGUGCCAGUGAUUCUGAUUGGUCAGAAGGUGUUGAUUAAUUUUCUAUCUCUGACAGUAGUGCAGCUGCCAAUCACAGGAUUAUAUUAAUGAGCUUGUUCUAAUACGUUAUCGUUUCUGUAGUAACUCUCCACAUAAACGGAUUCAAACGUGUGUAAUCAUUGACAUUGUGAAGUCUUCUGUAAGGAGACGCUCAUCCGACAUGUUCAUGUAGAGGAGUUUCUACACAUUGCGAUAACAUGACAAGCUGUGUUUUUAACUAUCUUAAAUAAAAGAAACUGUAAGAGGAAUAAAACACCUGGGGAUGGGCUGUUGUAGGAAAAUAAUCAACUUCAUGGUGGUAACAGAAAGCUGAUUUUCACUACUGCACGAUCGUAUCUGCAAGUGCGUCAGGACGAUGUACGAGAACGCUCACACAGGGAUAAGUAUUCAUACUUACAGGCAACAUGAGCAUGUCCUCUAGGAUGCACUGAAUUUACUGAAUUAGUGAAGAAGAGCCAAAAACAACAUGAGUUCCAUGUUUCACUGUAGGAAUAAUAAAUAGAAGAGAACAUAGAUGUAAUUUUGUUUUGAAAAGUCCUGGGGAAAAAAGAAAGCUUGUGUGAUUAAUUAUAAACCGAGUAUAUUCUCCCUGAAAGCGUUUCUGAAGUGUUUAACUCGUCUGUACUCAGCAGUACGGGCAGCUCUCGUAUCGAAGCACUUCAAUAUAUCUAGUGUUUAAUCCACAGUUCCAUCCAUCACUGACUGACCAAGCUUUAGAGUUUAUUGUUAUUGCAUUGCUGUGCUUUACGUCACCUACACUAUGUGUUUAUUGGGAGUGUGUUAGAAGAAAGUAGAGAGAAAGUAAAGUGUGUGAUCCUGCAGGAUUAAACUGGACAUUAUAAUAAACUACAGCUGUUAUUAAGCCUCACACUUUAUAUAUUUAUGUUAACACAAUAUCAUGAUUGUAGUUUUGUGUAAAUAAAUGCGUUAUACAGUAAUGUGAUUAUAUCACUGUGUGUGAAGUGAACAUGAAGCACAGGGGAAACUCGCUCAUGUUCAUUUCUACUCACUGUUCAGUUUGAGAGUUUAAUCACAGAGGAGAAGUGUUUAUUAAAGACACCAGUCCGAGACACUAACACAUUGAAUCUGUUUACACUGAGAUUGUUACACAGCGUGUUUAAUCCAUUUCUGUUGCAGGCUGUUUUAAGGUUUUUUUUAAUCGGACUACUCUUUCAGAAAGCUUCUUUCAGAGCACAAGCUCGUCUGUAGAAGACGGAAAGUUCUGGAUGCAUCAAAGGAAAAUUUUAUUGUUUAUCAUUUUAUUGUUUACACUCCAGGUGAACAAUAUUACUCUGAUUUCAACAAUAUUAAACUGAAUUUGAUUAAACCCACCAUUUCCAUGUACAUAGCUGACACGCCUCUCUGCCGUCCAAUAAGCAUUCACCCUAAGAACAGCAAUGAAGAGACACAUGUAGUUAAUUUGUGGGAGGACUGCACACUAACAUGUCUCUGCAUUCCACAUUUACCCAUGAUCCCUGUCUCUGCGUUGCAAUUAAACUUGUUAACUCAGAAGUAUAGAUCAGCCAUAACUUCACUUCGUUGUUGAUUAUUGUACUAUAACAGCAACACGCACAGUGGUUUAUUCCUCAUAUAACACAUAUCUAAACUCACAAUAAUGAGUAUGUUCCUCAGUCAGUCUGGGAAUUUUGAAACUCUUGUCUGAUGAACAGAAGAGCACAUGCGCAGCUACUUCAGGCUGUCCUUCUGAGAUGUGUCGAUGGUCAGGACUAAACACAAACAUUCCUGAAGCAAAGAAUUGUCCUGAACCACUGCUGCAGAGAUCACACCCACCCACAUAACAGUCUCCGCCACUACUGCAGAUCUGCAGUCUUCUCUUCCUUUCAGAUACUUUGUAUCAUCUCCAACAUGAAAGACUUUUGUGAGCUUCUAUUGAUCUGUUGGUUGGUGGGAGUGGCUUCAAUAUUUCCGGAAGCCACCGGCCAUGAAGCAAACCCUUUCUCUGUGCAAGCAUCAUCCACUGACCCCUGCUACAGCGAAUCAGGUGCCGCCCGCUACUGCAUUCCAGAGUUUGUUAACGCAGCAUUCGGUCAGGAAGUGGUUGCAUCGAGCACCUGUGGCCAUCACGGCUGUGAGAGCACCCACCUGACUGAUCUAUACUCCGCCCAGAACCUCACCUGCUGGCAGUCGGAGAUGCUUCGGUCGAUGCCGUUCAACGUCACACUGACACUUUCGCUAGGAAAGAAAUUUGAAAUCACUUACAUUAGCUUACAUUUCUGUUCGGAGAAACCAGAUUCAAUGGCUAUUUAUAAAAGCAUGGAUUAUGGACGUAGCUGGACACCAUUUCAGUUUUAUUCUUCUCAGUGCCGGCGAGUUUACGAUCGCCCGAACAGGGCAGAAAUCACCAAACUCAAUGAGCAGGAGCCACUGUGCAUGGAAUUGCCCAACAGUGCUGACAACAGCAAUGCCAUCCUCGUGUUUAGCACAUUGGAUGGACGACCUUCAAGAACAAACUUCGUCUCCAGCCCUGUUCUCCAAGAUUGGAUCACUGUCACCGACAUACGUGUGACCUUUGCCCGCCCAAAAAUGAGUAAAGACGUGCGAGAACCUGCCUACUUUUAUGCAGUGUCAGAUUUCCAGGUGGGCGGCAGAUGUAAGUGUAAUGGCCACGCCCACAGAUGUAUAAGGGACAAAGAAGGGAAGAUGGUCUGUGACUGCAAACACAACACGGAAGGACCUGAGUGCGACCGAUGCAAACCGUUCCACUACGAUCGUCCAUGGCAGCGUGCCACGCCCAAAGAAGCGAACGAGUGUCUGCCAUGUAACUGUAAUCUACACGCACGGCGCUGCAGGUUUAACAUGGAGCUGUAUAAGUUAUCAGGACGAAAGAGUGGAGGCGUGUGUAUGAACUGCAGACACAACACGGCUGGACGACACUGUCACUACUGCAAAGAGGGCUACUACAGAGACAUGAGCCGACCAAUCACACACCGCAAAGCCUGCACAGCGUGUGACUGCCACCCGGUGGGAGCCGCAGGUAAGACGUGUAAUCAGACGUCUGGUCAAUGUCAGUGUAAAGACGGAGUGACUGGACUCACCUGUAACCGCUGCGCUAAAGGCUACCAGCAGAGCCGCUCACCUGUAGCCCCCUGCAUCAAGAUUCCUACUGUUAACCCAACAGCACUAGUGAGCAGUACAGAGGGACCUGCAGACUGUGAGUCCUAUUGCAGACCAGCCAAAGGCAACCUGAAGAUCAACACAAAGAAAUACUGCAAGAAAGACUAUGCCGUCCUGGUGAGUGUGUUGGACAUGGAGACGGUGGGUGACUGGGCAAAGUUCUCCGUCAGCUUAGUGUCAGUGUAUAAGAGCCGAGAGCCGCUGAAGAGAGGCGAGAACACGCUGUGGGUGCAGAUGAAGGAUUUGGCGUGUAAAUGUCCACGCAUCCACAUGGGAAAACGCUUCCUCAUCUUGGGCUCGGGCGGGGGCGGUGCCAGCGCAGAGAGGGCGGGGCUUACCGCAGAUAAAAACAGCCUGGUCAUACAGUGGAGGGACAUCUGGACUCGACGCCUGCGCAAGUUCCAGCGCAGGGAGAAAAAGGGCAAGUGCAGCGCUGCGGAACACAGCCCUGAAGCCUGACCUUUGCCCCCGUGUGUGUGUAGACUGUUGGUCAACCUUUUGAAGGGACCGUUAAAAAGAAAGAGACUGCUGCAGGAACCAUGAUCAUUUCAUACACACACACACACACACACACACACACAGAGGUGCUCUCAGUUUUCAAAUCUCAAACAUGCAUCAUCAUCAUCAUCAUCAUCAUCAUUCUUAUGGGACUGAAGAACUUUCUAAAGCUUUUCAUAUCUGUGUAUGUGUGUGUUAUACAGUGUGCUAGAGUGAACUUCAUUAACAGACAAAGUAGAUCAUUCGUUCUCUUAACCACCUUCACACACUGACCUGCUCUGGUCAACGAUCUUCUGGGUUCUCAGGAACAUUCUGGAACAUCUUUAGCUGAACUCUAGGACACGUUUCAGAAAUAACCUGAUUUCCCGAACAUUUUUGAAUGUCAGCUAAGUUGCAGAAAAAUUUUGAAUGUCAGCUGAGUUCUACAAGACCUUCACAAUGUGCGAUGAGUUUUAGCACGUAUUUAGAAUGCCAACUGUAACAGCUAUAACACCAGCUGAAUUCUAAGAAGCUUAGACCUCGACAUAAUUAACCUGCUAGAGCUCUAGAACACUUUCUGAGGUUGGCUAAAUUACUGAAAACAUUCAAACAUCAGCUGGGUUCUAGAACACCUUCAGAAUGUGAGAUGCGUUCUAGAAUGUUUUUAGAAGGCCAGCUGUUUUCUGGAACACCAGCUGAAUUCUAGAACACUUUCCAAAUGUCAGCUAAAUGGUUGAAAACCUUUGAACAUCAGCUGAGUUCUAGAACACCUUCAGAAAGUGAGACAAUUUUAGAGCAUGCUUAAAAUGGCAACUGUGUUCUAGAACACCAGCUGAAUUCUGGAACUCUUUCCAAAAUGAGCUGAGUUUUAGAACACCUUUAGAGAGUCACAUGGGUCUAGAUUACCAUUCAAAGGUCACUGAGGUUCUAGAACACUUUUGUGAAUGUCAGAUGAGAUCUUUAAUGAAUAAUCAGGGUUCUAGAACAAUUGAAUAUCAUCUAAGUUCUACAAUGGUUUUGGAAAGCAAGUUGAGUUCUAGUUCAUGUUAAAACUGAGGCCUAGCAUGCCUUUUGUCAUAUCUGAAUUCUACAUCAAAUUUUAUUACGUAAGCAGGGUUCUAGAACAUUUUUAAUGUCAGACGAGUUCUAGAAUGCUUUAAAAAUUCAGUGAAGUUCUAGAAUGCUUUUCAAAUGUCCGCUGUUCUAGAAGGCUUUUCGGAAAUAACCUCAGUUCUAGGACACUUUUCAGACAUCAGCUAAGUUGUUGAAAAUGUACAAAUGUCUAGGUCUAGAAGUUCUAGAAGAGUUUUCAAAUGUCAGUUGAGUUCUAGAACACUUUCGGAUAUUCAGCCUUUGUCUAGAACUGCAGUUGGUUCUAGAUUUCCUACCUUCUCCCUUACUGAAGUCUGGGGAAACACACACAGCAGGAACACUCACACAUAGCUUGGUUCAUGAACAGAUCUGUGAAAUGUUUCUGUUUUAUUCCUGAGCUACAUUAAUGUUGGAUUGUUCUGUAUGUCUGCUUCCUGAUUGGCCAGUGAGUUCCUGUUGCCUGGCAACCAUCCACCUGCACUGGCGCUGUAAAUAUGAACAAAUAUAUCUGAUGUGUUUGUUGUUAUAAAGUGACUGACCGGAGAGAAAGUGUCACUCUCUGCAUAGUUCAUAUGUGUGUGUGUAUGUGUGUGUGUAUAUGUGUGUGUGUGUAUGUGUGUGUAUGUGUGUGUGGAGUGACACACUUCCAUCUCUCACUAUUUUCACUGCCAUGACCACUGACUGUUUAAUCUCACACCACAAUAAAUUAUUAGUUAAACAUCUGUGUUUUUUCACUUUUCUUGCUGUGUGUGUAUGUGUGUGUGAGUGUGUGUGCUCAUGCAGUACCUUUAAGCACAAAUGCCUCUUUGAGCCAAUCAGCUGGGAUUAAUCAUAGCAUCAUCUUGUCAAAUGGCUGUAUGUGUGUAUUUGUGUGUGUGUGUGUGUGAGAGAGAGAGAGUGUGUGUGUGUGUGUGUGUAAAGUGGUAUUUAGAGAGGACUGGAAGCAAUUUGGUGCCUGAAUUUAAUACAAAUUCCACACUACACCUUUGCCCCUACACACACACACACACACACACACACACACACACACACACACACCUCCAUGCCAUUUCCACCCAGAUAUUAGUUAGCAUAGCAUUCCAGUAACACUAAUUUCAGCCUCAUGACCACAAUUCAGAUCCCAUCACAGGACUUGAGAAAAUUUUUAUCCUGUCUUUAAAAGUUAGUGACUUUUUGUUUAAGUAACUUGUCUGUUUAUUUUGUUGUAAUGUCAGUUGAACACCCUGAUUCUGUGACAGGAAGUUGUUAGCAAAGGAGUC